GGCAGGGAAGCCAGAGGCAGACAGAGCCACAGCUGGAGCCCCCCUGCCUCUGUUUGGGACCGCAUUCCGGGAGCAAGGCGCCUGCCUCUCCCAGGGCUUGGGCUAGGCCAGCCCUGCCCCCCUCCUUCUCCUCCUCCGAAGGACCCUGGGAGGGAGGCGACCUCCUCGCCCCGUUCCCAGGCCUUGAGGCUGAGGCGCCUGCUUCUUCCAUCCAUCUCUCCGGAGGAAGGCAGGGAUGAAGGCGGGAGGAUCAGGGGAGGACUGAGAGGAGGAGGGAGGCCAAGUGGCGCCAGAGGGAGGCCUGCCUCGGUGCCCUUCCAGCGGCGCCCCUGCCCUCCCUGCCUCCCCCGCCUGGGGCUGGGGCUGUGGCGGCAAAGGGGAGCCCCAGGAAGGAGGAUGGAGACCCUCCGCGCCUUCGGGCUGCUGCAGCUUUCCCUCUCUCUGGCCUGCGGUAUACAACAAGGAAUUGUCUGCAAUGAAUCCUUCAUGUUGCAAAACUUGCCAGUAUGUGGGAAAUCCUUUGAAGAGAUGAUGCACAAAGUGGACUCCCAAAAAUGGUGCAAUCUAACAGAAUUCAUCCUGUACUACAACAACUUUACACUGUGUACAGAACAUAAGGCUUUAAUAGCAAGAUGCUUUUGGCCUAACCCUCUUGCUGAGGGCUUCAUCACUGAAAUCCAUAGACAGUUCUUUUCAAAUUGUACUUCAGAAAAAGUACACUGGGAAGAUCCACCGGAUAAAGUUCUCAUCACCUUGAUUUUCAUACCAGUUCUUCUGACAGUUGCCAUGAUCGGUCUAGUGGCAUGGUGCAGCAAGAGAAGUGACAUUUUGGUGUAACUGACCUUAUCACCAUUUCUUAUUAUAGUAUGUCCUCUUCUACCACCACCACCACCAUUUUGUUUAGAAUGAUUGACAGAAAAUAAUUAUACAUUUUUUUCAUGGAAGAAUUUUAGACUGUGUAAAGGAAUAAAGGGGGAGGGUAUUUGUGUAGCUAUACGAGUCUACUUCCUAUAGCCUUUAUUCUUGAAAUACCAAUAUCAUUUUGACAAAGAACAGAAUGACUGAUGAUCACAUUUUUAAUGGGAACCAUAUGGAUUGAGCUGAAAAUAUUAUCUGAAUUUGCUGCCUGAAGCUGAUCCUCCUAACAACCUAAAGAUGACACUGUGUAUUGCAGAUCAAAUACAGUUAUUGUUUUGGAUUUAAAUAUGAAUGAGUCUUGUAAGUAUGAGCCUUAGUGACUUAAUCAUACUUUCCUUGCCAAAGAGAUGUAAACCUGAGAAGAUUAUUGCACCGGGGUUAAACCAUUCCCCGGUGCGUUCUAACGGGGGCGCGCACGGAGCAUGAUGGGAACCCGAUGGGGCCCAGAACACUAGUUUACUGCACACAGGAACGCUGCCACCGCUGCCGAGCGUUCCCAUCACGAUCCCAUCUUGUUUUUAAACUACAAAUUUUAUUGUUAAUUUUACGACACUCCCACCCCAGGAGGAUUUCAGGGUUUUUUUUUUGUGAUAUACAUUAAACAGACAAAUUAAUGAUUAAGAAAAUACUGCAACUAUGUUAGUACUUUCAGACUAUUGUGUAUUGGAUGUUACUUUCUGUACCUGGAGCUUGGAAAUGGUCUUCCCAGACAAACUUUCAUAUACAGUAUGGGAAAUUAAGUUCUAUCAGCAAAAGCUGUACACCAUUUUUGAAGAUGCAUUUACAUUUUAAUGUGACAUGCUAACUUCCCAACAGGUUGUGUUCUCACCAUAAGUAUCAAAUUAACCAAAUCUGAAGUGUUCUCCCAGCUAAACAUUCUAUUCUGAGUGAUACUUUUUUCAGUUCAGCAUUUUUCUUUCACAGCUUAUACAAGUAAAGCUAAAACUGCUACCAGCUCUUUCUAGAAAUCUGUCUGCUAUCUACAAUUUCCAUCUAGUGCUCAUUCUACAUCCCCAUGCAGGUACUCUCUCUGAGACACAUUUCUCAUUCUAUGUUAACAUGAAAAUGUUCUUUGUGUUACUACUAUUUUUCUGUAAAAUGACAUGAGGGAACUAUUUCCAAAGCUUUCUGGAGCAGUUUGACAUCCCUUUCAGUUCAGCAAUGCUAUGAUUUCUAAAAUACAUCUCCACAAAUUUCCUUGUGUCUUAUAUAAAUGUCAGCAACUGGCUCACACGGUCUUCAUCAACAAAGUCAAAAUGUAGAACAGAAGUCUAAACUAGAAACUUUAUUGAAAGAAAGAAACUGUAUAAAGGCACAGUUCAUGGCGUCAUAGUCAGAUCUAACUUAUCAUAACAAUUUGACAUCCCACCCCACAACAACCCUCAUUGGUUAACAGUUUCCCACAAAACCCUAAUUGACAACUUAAUUAUUCAGUCAGCCCAAAACUCACACCAAGUUUUGAGAACCACUGCAUGGACAGUUAAUUCCCACCAAACUUCCCCACAACAGUGAGCUAAGGGCUCCCUGCUCACACCACCUUAUAACCUUGAAAAUCACAACCAAAAGUAUUCAUAACUGGAUCAGCAAUAUUUCCAAGAACAUACAUGGAUAACAAUUCUAAACAACACUCUUUCAUUUAGCUAUCCCAUCAGGCUGGGCUAAGUAGUGAGUGAUCAAAUAAGUCCCAGCUCCUUCAAGGCUGUGAACUGCCAAAGUUGCCCAUUCUUACAUUCUUAUGUUCACUCCAGGAAUUAACUCUUUAACCAACUCUAGAGUGCAUGAGAUCAAGGGAAUCCCAUUUCCUCCAAGAUUGCAAACUGUCAAGCUUGGCCGGUUACUAUGGUUACCAUUCCUUUCCCUCUGCAUUCUUCCCCCCCCUUAGGUCCACACAAAGGAUUAACCCUUUUGCCACCCAACUCUACAAGCUUAGUCAUCCCCUUCUCCCAAUAUAUAUAUCUCCACUAUCACAUUUUCUGAUUCAUAUAUUUAUAUUCAUAUCAGAUUCUUUCAUAUUGCUCUAGCCACUAAUAUGAAAGAAUCAAAAUAUCCAACCACAAUUUAUUAAAGAACCCAAAUUUUACAUUCUGGUUCUGAUAAUAAAUUAAUCCCUGAGCCAUACAAUGACUGUUGCUUUGAGCAAGAGGGCUUUUUGUUGGCCUCUCUGCUUUUCACUUGGGCAGAAGGGCCAAGAUGAAUUACAUGCAGGGGGUAAGGCAGGAGGUAAUUUAAGGUCCAGUUGCCAUCCCUCCAUUCUUUUUCUACUCCUGUUUACAGAGACCCACCCACCCUCAGUGCAGUAUGAGCAUUACAGGUCAGUUCCCGGCUGGGUAGGAAUCCGCCCCCCCCCCAUUUACUUGGAAUUUUCCAUCUUUCCCAUACUGUCCCUCUUGGCACUGACAAUUGGCCUGAGGUGGUGUUGGUAAAUAGGCUUCCACUUAGCAGUUAGUGGGGGGAGAAGGUAUGAAAUUGUUGUGCACCUUAGCACUCCAUUGUGAUGAAGGAUUGGGUUCUGCUUCUAUGUGGCAUGGGACUGGGGGGACUGAGGAAGGAGUCUGCCCUUGGGAUUGAUCUGGGGGUUUCUCCUUUUUGUAAGUCAUAGGAUUUGGGAGAGAGCACUAGAAUUGUGGCUUUCCAAAGAUGACCAUCUGAGAUAAUAAACAAUACAUUUGGAUUGCC